GAUACUUUGCCUAAUACGCGUCGGAAUAUCCCCUUUCCUCUCUCUCUCUCUUUUUCUCUUAUUGCGUCCACUUUGUUUCCCUUCUUAUUUAUUAGACUUAUCAUUCAAAUACAACUCGUAUUUUAUAGCAACAAUAAGAAAAGGGCAAUAUGAUCAAUCACCGUCCACCUGAAACUACCAUUCAAGCCAUGAACAAAGCUUCAAAAACUAUUGAUGAACUGGCUACUCUAGAUCGCAACUUUCCUGAUAUUGGUGAUACUUUGAAAGCUUCGUCGUCAAGAGUCUAUGCAACCACGGAAGAAAGUGCUGUACAACCCAUCAUAUCCAAGGCAACCUUUACUAUGCCUGUACAAGCUCUGGAACAGAUACAACAACGGAAACUAACUGAUGCUGCUGGUCUAUUCUCUGAGAUCAACCGUGCUUACUUUGUAGUCAAAAACCAACUGUACUUUUGGAAUUACAAUGAUAGACAAGACUUCAACGUAUACGAAGAUACUCAUGACAUUGUCAAUGUUGCCAUCGCCAAACCAAAACCUGAUAUCUUUAAUAAGGAAGUUACUCAUGUUCUUAUUGUGGCCAGUACUCAUGAAAUCAACGUCAUUGCCCUUUCUUAUAAGUGUCAAGAUAAUUUUGUUGACACCCUUACUUUUUACAAAACUGGAAUCAUGACUUCUUCUGUUGGUGUUCGAAUGACAACCAUCUUGGCAACAAAUAUUGGACGUAUCUUCAUGUCAGGCGAUGAUGGAAAUGUGUGGGAACUUAUCUAUAAGAGGGAAGAAGGUUGGUUUACUAGCAGGUGCUACAAAACAAUUCAUUCUGGUGAUUAUAAACACUUUUUCUUUAAUCAAACAAGUGACCCUACUGUUAGCAUUGCAAUCAGUAACGAUGGAAAAGUAUUAUAUCAACUUACGCAGAAAUCAAAUAUCAAGGUUGCCUAUCUUGGAAAGGAUGGUCAAGGAUUUACCAGUAUUCCAAUUCAUACCUCCAUUGAAGAAACUGCAAAGCUCUUGUGUCCAGAUUCACCUCUUAUUAGUAGUACUGGUUUCAAAAUCACGUCGAUCCAUCCUACAUUACUCACUGAAGCGAAGAAAUAUCAACUUAUUGCCAUCACAUCAACUGGAUGUAGACUUUAUUUAUCUCAUUAUAAAACAGACUCACCAAUUAUCAGCCACGAAGACCCACCAAAUGGAUUAGACUUGAUUCAUGUACGAUUGCCCCCUCCAACUCCACAAUUAUCAACCAUUCUUUCUACUCCAAGAAAUCUUUCUACGCCAACUAAUCCUUCAUUCCAACAAUCAAAUAUUACUACUACUACUACUACUACUCCAGCAACAACAUUACCACUAGUUUCACCACAACAAAGUUUUCAGAUAUCCAAAUGCUUAUACAACAAUGGUGUUUUGAUGAUGGUAUACUCAAAUGACAAUACUGAAAUAUUGACUACUUGUUGUCCUGAUAUGGGUUAUCUAGCAAAGGAUGUUCGUUCAGAGCUUCACGAAAUGUAUAACUCUCAAUCUCUUCCCGGUAAAAUUAUCACAAUCACUGAAAUCACCAAAUCACCUUUCCAACUCAAUGAACUUGCCUCAUCAACCUCACUUGGUUCUACUCGACAAUUUCUGGCUUUCACUACCACUGGGUUGACAUUGCUGUUGAAACAACGACCUGUAGAUAUGUUGCAAAAUCUUUUAUUGAGUUCUGGAUCCGAUAUUCGUCAUAGGGCUGCUGAUUUCAAAGAAUUUUAUGAUUUCUUUGGUCAUAUUCAAUCAUCUUCUUUAUGUUUUGGACUCAUUGGUCGUGCGGAUUCCACUAUUGCCAGCGGUACUGAUUUAUUCUCAAACAUUUCUCCCUCAACUGAUAUUGCUAAAGGUGCUUCGGAUUUGUUGGAUAAGUAUGGAUUACAACCUUCAUCUUUGAAACCCCAAUAUUCUAGUCGGCAUGAUGGUCUUGCUCUAUAUAUCUAUCGUCUGAUUCGUCCCAUCUGGACAGUAUCUAUAGUAAAGGAAACGGCCAGUCCAUCUUCUCAAAUACAAUAUCAAAGUACAGUGGAACGUGGUACUCUCCUGAUCAUCCAACAAGUGUUACGAAAAUUACAAGGGUAUAUGGAUCUGAAAAUCGUGAUGCAGAUGAAUCCUCACUCACCAGAAGAAUUAUCCACUCAAGAACUAUAUGAACUUGUCAAGUUAUUAGCAGAAGCAAUUUCCUUUUUUAUUUGUCUGUUUGAUUCCGAUUUUACUGGUAUCAUGGAAAAGUUCAAACCCGAAGUACGCACUAAAGUCAUGGCCAUGACAUAUAAAGAUCUACUUACCACAAGCGAAGGACGAUUAAUGCACAACGAUCUGACGCGUGCUUUGACCGAUCAGCAUUUACUUUGAAAUUCAAUAAAACCAUUUUUUUUUAUUAUUAUUAUCUCAUUGAUUUUUUUUUUAUAUGUACUUUAUGAUGGAGAAGCGGGAUUGAUUGAUCAACAUUUAAUAAAACACCUAUUUUCUUAUUUUUA